UUCCAGGCAAAUGCUGUGAGGGCAUAUCGUCCUCAGUGGACGUGCAGGAAAAAGGACAUAUACCCACAGUUCUAUGAGGACGCCAAGGUGUACUGCAAUGGUGAACUGGUGAUGACCACUGGUGGGACUCAGAAGGAGUAUGUGGUCGAUGUCUGGUCUGGAAACCACCCCUUCUACCUCGGGAACCGCUCCGCUCUUCUAGUGGACGCUGAUCAAGUCGAGAAGUUCCGGAAGAAGUUUGGGGAAAUAUCACAGAUUAUGGAAAUUCCUGUCCUCAAAUAUGGAGAAAUCGUGCUACCACCUAAACGCAAAUCUGGUUCUGGUAAAGGGGGAAAGAAGAAGUAG